AUGCAAUUGCUAGUCCAAUCGUUGGUAUCAAUACUAUACGUAACAGCAGGAAUACUAUUCAUAAUCCACGAUCCUAUAAAUACUCCAGAAGAAAUUGGGAUAGUAGUCACCUACAUUACAAGCAUAAUCUUUUUAACUGCAUCAAUAAUAUUAUCAUUUGUAUUCAUUCAACAAACCAAUGCUGCCUUGCGUGAUGUUGAAUUAUCAGAAUCCGACAAAUCAUCCACAAAAUCAUCACCAAUAGUAACACACACCGCAAUAGUACCAAUGCCAUCAGACUCAAAAGACAAAGCAACUCAACAAUUGCAAUACUUUGAACAGCUUCAACUUCAGCAACGACAGCAAAAACGUCAUUUCAGCAACUCGACUCCCAUCACACCCAUACGGAAUUCACUAUAUAGUAAUAACCAGAAGGAGAGCCAUAGGAUAGCGCACUGUCAUUCUUUAUCUACUUUGAUCUCAGAUAGUAAGAUAUCAAGAGAUCCAUCGUCUUUGCUUUUUGAUGACAGCAUUAAUCAUAUUCAAACACAUGAAAUAGGACGAUCUAAAUCAACCAAUUGCAUACCCAAUAAAACUCAAGUACGAAAACAAAGAUGGAAGUCUAUUAACGAUGAGAAAUUAUUCUUAAGCAAUAUAGAUGAAUCAUUAUUGCCGCCUGUGUUAAAAGUUCAUAGUAAGCAAGUUUCGGUAGAUGAACAAAUCUCGCAACAACCACAACUCAAUGGCGAACUAAAUACGCAAUUAACGGAAUACCCAAAGAACUUUAAAAUACGAAAGAGCAAAUCAGAAUAUGUUACUACUCUAACCGGACUCGAGAAUAUUCCAGAGCCGCCUAUUAAAAAGCGUUCGCCAAGUGAUAAUUGGAAUCUAGCUCAUUACGAACAUACCAAAUUACAGCAAGGGUUGAAUUUAAAUAUUCUGGGAAUUUCCAAUCUAGUGUCGGAUGGAAAUUUAAAAGGAUUUGAAUACAAGAAGCAAGAAAUAUUUGAAACUGAGGAAUUCUUAUUACCACCCAAGGAACCAAGAUCAGAUAAUAUAGAUCAUCUUAGUGACAUUUCUUCAUCCAAUACCCGGAUUCCAUCUUCAAGAUCAAUCAGUGCUCCUUCUUUGCAUACUUUCAGGAAAAUAUCACAGACUUUAAGUGAAGAAAUUUCCGAGAAAACUACAUCAUCUUCAUUCGCACUAGAACCAACAUGUCCAACUACACCACCCGCACAAAUAUCAGUACUUAGUAUCAAAACAACUAAAUCUCCUUUAAAAAGUCUCUUCCGAGAAACUAGUCCUAAGAAGAUAUUCAAACAACACAACCGUACAACCAGUCUUUGGGGAAGCAAUAACAAUUCCCCCAAGAAAUUUGCAUCAUCGCAGCAAACUACACCAAGAACGCCAGCUGUGUAUCAUAAAUAUAGUAUAUCUGAACCCAACACCGCGUUGUUUUUACAUGCAUCACCAUUUCCUCAAUCUGCCAACUCAAUCAAUAAGUUCGUGGAGCCAAUUGAUUUAUGGGAUGUGAAUACUAGUAUUAGUCGUGGGGAUGAUAUUGACGAUGACGAUGAUGACGAAAUCAGUAGACUUGGUUCUCCUGUGGGUAGUGUUAUUUUGGGGGAGUAUGAUCAUGAGAAAUGGAGAACAUUAAAGGCAUUAUCUGAUAAUCAGCCUGUAAUGUAG